AUGGCUUUCUCCAAACACGAUGAUCGUAUGGCAUUCGAUUGUGAACAGUACGAUCAAUAUUCUCUUCUGACGCGAUAUUUUGUCCUUCUUUAUUACUAUCAAGACGGGUCUGUCGAGAUGUAUCAGAAAAAGAACAACCAAAUUCAUCUCAAGCGCAUUAAAGUUCCGUCCUUACAUACUUCCGAUUUUUUUUUAGGUACGACGAUCGAUAUUUUUGGAAUCCCGACGCAUAUAACGGGCUGCGCGGAUGAGGUAACCCGACAACUUUGUGAGAAACAGAAUGAGCGGACGUCCAUCUUGAUCGCGGAAUCGUCCUUUGAGUCGCUUGGUCGAUAUCUUUCGAUUUUGAUGGAAGAGUGUGAGUUCACUAUUGCGAAUCUGCAGAUGGGGGAGGUCACGGAGGACAUUGUGGAAAAUUACAUCCUUCCAGAUGCGCUCCGCGGCCGGCGCGUAGUGGUCGUUCAGACAGUGCGGCUCGGCGCGUUGCUCAAAGGGCGGGAAUUUGCCGUGCGGGCGGCGGAAACGUACGCGGCCGAGGAUCCCGAGCAGGUCUUUCUCUGGGGAAAACUCGCCGUGUUGUGGGGCCAGGUCCCCAUCGCCGAGUUUGACGAACCCAACUGCAGCGUGGUGCUGCUCAAGCCGCAUGCCAUCUCGUGCCGACAUGCCGGGUACAUCCUGCAGGAGCUAAUUAACCUUGAUCUGGCGGUUAGCGGGCUCACGCAGGUCUUCGUAAAUUCUGAUCUUAUAAACGACUUUUUGAGCCCGUACCGUGGGGUUUUGCCCGACGUUCCGGGUACCGUACAGAGCCUCGUCGGGAACGUGUGGAUCGUGCAGCUUAUCUCGUUGGAAAAUAGAUUUAAUGUUGUUGAGAAGGUUCGAAAAGCGUGCGGUCCGUAUGACAGCGGGGUCGCGCGGAAGCUGUUUCCAAACACCAUUCGCGCAAAAUUUGGUGUGGAUGGUAUGAGGAAUGCUGCGCACUGCUGCGACUUGGAAGAGGAUGGAAUGGUGUACACAAAGACAUUCUUUAAGCUCAUCGCAAGGUAAAUGAUGAGUUUCUUUUUAAUUUCUUGUGAUUGGAUUUUUAUGUACAGAGCAUAUGCACAAUGAGGUUUCUUUUGUCUUCUUUUUCUGUAAAUUAUGCAAGUUUAGGACGCCAAAAAUUGAAGACGUUUAUAAA